UCGUGCCUGAUCCCGAGCCUCAUCCAGCGCGCCAGCAGCCUCACCGGCCAGGAACCCGGAAGCAAGGGUAUCAAGCCGGGGCAAGUUGCGGCAACGACUGACAGGGACAACUUCAUCAACUUCUGCGAGGGCAAGACCCUCACCAACGGCCAGCAGCUCGCCGGCGGGUCCUGCAACGGCAUCCCCAUGGGCAGCCUCCCCUCGGCGCAGAACAUGAUCUCGGCCGUCAUCACCAACCCGCGGCCCGGAGACCGGCUGGCGGCCGGUGUCGGCUUCAACAUCACGGUGCAGACGGUCCACCUGCGGGCCGGCCUCUUCGCCAACCCGGCGACCAACUACUACACGGCGCCGCAGGAGCUCGACCUCGCCGGCGACGUCUACGGGCACUGCCACGUCACGAUCCAGGACAUCGGCUCCAUGACGACGGCGACGCCGCCGGACGCGAGCAAGUUCGCCUUCUUCAAGGGCAUCGACGACGCCGGCAACGGCAACGGCCUGCUGACGGCCCGCGUCGACGGCGGGCUGCCCCCCGGCGUGUACCGCGCGUGCACCAUGAUGUCGGCGACGACCCACCAGCCCGUCGUGAUGCCCGUCGCCCAGCGCGGCGCGCAGGACGACUGCACGAGGUUUGAGGUC